AUGGAUAUGCACAUGGGCCCAAUCUUUGCUGCUUGUCCCAAGGUCACCGAGUUCAAGUAUGAUAGCUGCCACGUCCUCAUUGAUGAGCCUGACGUGACUCCAGAGCCAAUGGUAAAGUUCCCACAGCAGUACUCAAAGUUUGCCAAACAGCUUUGCCACCUGGAGGUGCUUGGCCCAUUCGACUUCAUCAAGGACAUUCUCCACUACGAUUACCCAAAUCUCAAGUUUUUGGCUCUUGAUAUGGCGGGUUAUGAAGAGGAAGGCAGGUUUUUUGAGGAGCUAUCUUGCCAUACUCCUGCUUUGGAAAUAUUGGUACUGGACUUGGUUCGGAGCGCCACUUUGCAAGACCUGAAGAUGGGAUUCAAAGCAUGGGGGAAAACAUUGCAGUCUCUUUAUAUCAACCACCCCGUGAUCCAAGAUCACCACGACGGCAUUCUCGGCCAUCUACUGCCCCAUCUCACAAGAUUGGAGGAGCUUUGUUUGGGUGAGUGGCCGACAUUCCUCCUCUCAGAUCUCCAGGCCAUAGCUCAACCGAACGCUCCACGUCUGAAAACUUUCCGAUGGGUGGCUAAUGAUGGCAUCUUCACACGCGACCCACUUGCGAAUCCAGAAGACGUUAGCAAGGCGAUAAUCGACAUCUUCAUUGCGCACAGUGAGACUCUCAGCACCUUCCUGAUAGAGGAAUCAUUCAGCCUUUGGAAUUUCGGCAUGGAUAUCUUUGAGCACCUCCACAAGGCAAGGGGUUUGGAGAACCUUCGAGUACAGCUGCAUGAUAUACCCACCAAAGAAGACAUUCAAGGUCUUCUGGCCACAUCCCCGAAGCUUGGGAAGUCGGAAACGGGUCUCAUGGUAGUCAGGGAGUUCUUCACCGAGUGUACCUUGACGACUAGGAAGUACAAGGAGGAUAACCUUGAGGCACUGGCGGGUAGCUGGGGAAGGAUAUAUCACCCUGUGGGGACUAUGACAAGGUAA